AUUCAGCGCAACGCACGAUGGUAUAUAUUGUAAUGGCGGUGGGGUAAUUUCGGAAAUGACCUCUGCAGAAAGUACAUCGUAAAUUAUUCAUUUUUCGUCCGUUUUCUCUAAAUUUCGGAUGCUUUCUUGCAUAACCUGAACAGGAUGUAUUCAUGUUGAUGUUUAGUUGAAUUUAACCUCCUGUGGUUAAGAGCCAUGUAGCAUCGGAGACAGGAUCAAUUCGUUAAUCUGGUCUUUUCUCUGAGGAGACACUAUCAACAUUUUAGAAAGUGAUCUUGAGGGACGUCUUUCGUAGGAGCCGUAAGAUCUACAGUGAACUUCUGGUUCAAGUAACAGAGGUGUUGAAUUAACUAGCAGGAGUUUCUGAAAGGAAGUCCGUGGACUGAGCGGAAUUCGAACAAGUGUACGCUGCUUUCGAAGAGGUGUGGAUUUUUCAUUCCUCUCCAUUGUUUAGAGCUUUUAUGCUCAAAUCGAGUUACAAAUAGAAGACAAAUAUCAGGGUGGAAAAUGGACGAUGUAACAGAGCACACUGCAUCUAAUCCUGAUGAAUUUUUAAGCAGAUCCCCUGACUUUACUCUUGGUGCGGAAAACUCAGAUGAUGAUCAGACCGAAACGCAAAGUUCUGUCGGAAUUGUCGAGAGCUCGGGAGAAACGCUCGACGAUGGAGACGCUCCUCAAGUGAAUAACGUAGCGACAAACGACGAAGAUGCAAGGUUAGGUGAAAAAAAUUCGUUGCCUCAAGAUGAAGGGGGUGACCGUUUAGAAUCAACCGAACAGGGCGAAAUAUCAACUGAAGAUGGUGAAAUGGGCAGUCAAGGCGAGGAAAAACAUGUGAACGUUACACUGCCAAGACAUGUUGGGGUGGAACACGACUCGGAUACGACACAGGAGAACUUUCAGGUAUCAGGACACGAAAACAGCACUCCUGAGAUUUCUGAAGACUCUAAGACCGAGGACUCUAAGAGCGCUGAUUUGUCAACGGGAAACGAUUUAAGUGCGGUUCAUUCGAACAUCACUGAAACAACGAAUGACUCAACUUCAGAACUCCAUCCGAACGCAUCCGAACACCAGAGUUCUGAGUUGACAGAGAGUUCCCAGAGUGAGGCUCAAACUGGAGAUAAAAUACAAACUCAAGAGGAACAGGCGUUGGAGUCGAUAUAUCAUAUUAAGUGGAUAAAAUGGAAAGGUAUUAACACGCCCAUAAUCACACAGAAUGAAAAUGGCCCCUGUCCUCUUCUAGCAAUUGUUAAUGUGCUUCUUCUGCAGAGAAGAAUCACUCUUCCACCACAGCAAGAGUUUGUGACAUCAGGGCAGCUCAUGGAGUAUAUUGGAGACUGCAUCUUAGAAGAAGCACCCAAGGUUUGAAGAUGAAUUUGUAAUUAUUAUCAAAAAUAAGUAUGGUCAAUAGUAUGAGGAAGUUGACAAGAAAAUUUCAUUGUCAUUCUGAGCUAUACACAGCCACAAAUUUGUAGAUUUACAGUACUGACCUCAAAUGGCAGGAUAUCAAGAGUAGUUGCAGUUACUGCAUUCUGAACACACAACUCAGAGUGACAUAGGAUUCUAAAGAGUGAACUAAGAUUGUGAUUUGUUAAACUAACCCUUUGAAAAGUGUCAACUAGGGACACUGCUGUUAAAAUGCUAAAAACCUCUUUGAAUAACUCUUUCUCUCCCAAGAUCACUUUUUUCACCACACUUUUCGCGUGGAGAAUUUGGUAUUGGAUUAGCCAAUAAUUAAAUCCCCUUUUCGACAGUUAUCUGUUUUCUCAUUACUUGUCUGCUUGAUCAUGUAUUUGUUGAUAUUGUUGUGAAAAAUUCUGUCUUGCUCACUCAUAGGAGUUACAGGGUAAGGAAAACAAAUUUUUUAGAUAAUGUUCAAGCUAUACAUUGUCUCCUAAAAUCCUAAUGUGCCUUUGAAUCCUCAACAGCGCUUACCUGAAGGAGCCCAGCUAAACUAUGAACAAAACAUGCAUGAUGCCAUCGCAAUCAUGAACAAAUUACAGACAGGAUUAGAUGUAAAUGUAAAGUUCACUGGGUAAGUGAAGCAGAUCAGGAAUAUUUUGAGACUGUCACUCUCAAGAUCUGAGAUAAAUAAGGAGAGGGUCAACUGUAUUUGAUCUUCAAAACAUUGAUAAAAAAUUUUUUUUUAAGGUCAGACUUUGCUCUGUGUGUAACUUUUAUUGCAAAAUUAUUAUCCAGUUGUGCUUGCUUAUUUGUCUCUAGCUGUGAGUUUGAAUAUUUUUUCUUUCCUUAUUUUUUUCUAUUUCUUUAUUUUUGGCUGUGAUGACUGCCUGUAAAUGUUAGUGAUUCUUGCACUGAAGAUAAAUUUACGUUUAAGUCUAAAAAAUAUGAAUAUUACUUUAAAUUUUAGGGUUAAAGACUUUGAGUUCACUCCAGAAUGUAUUGUAUUUGAUCUUCUAUCUAUUGGACUGUACCAUGGAUGGCUUAUCGAUCCACAGAAUACUGAGAUUGCCUCUGCAGUCAGUGGACUCAGUUACAAUCAGCUGGUGGAGAAAAUCAUUGCCAGUAAACAGGAUGGUGCAGAAAGUCAGCUGGUCUCUGAAGGUAUGUAAGUCAAAUUUUGACUUGAGCAGAUCAAGGGGAACCUAUGAAGAAUAACUGGUGCUAUAUUCACUCGGUAUCUCCCUAGAAUUCACCUUGAGACUACUGUCAUUGUAGUCACUUCUCACCUAUCUUGUUAACCCUUUCAGUCCCUAGAUCUCAUUAGUAAUUCUUAUGUGGUGACUACAGAGAAUUUGGUAUUGGAUCAACUACAUGUAACAAUUGUCUAUAAUUUAUAUCUUUCUUAGUUUAUUCUCAUUUCUCAUCUGGUGAUAUUGUAUUGAUUUUGUAAGGAGAAAUUCUGUCCUGGUCACUCAUGGGAGGUUAAACAUUCCAAGAUGUAUUACUUGUUUCAUUGCUUUCCUUUAUACCCUUGAGGGGUGGGAAGGGGGAGGGGGGGGCAGCUUGCAAACCUCUCAGUACUCCCAGUCAAGCUAUAUGUUUGUCCUUGAUAUAGCAGUGUGCCAUGAGAUAUCAUAAUCCACAUAGUGAGUGACUAAUUAUUGAGUCUCUUCAUAUACUUUAAUUUGUGUUUCCUCAAUUUCUUUGUUUAGGUUUGAUAAGUGAAUCUUUCCUUGAGCAUACAGCCAGCCAGUUGACUUACCAUGGUUUGUGUGAACUGAAUGGUACACUGCAGGAUGAUCAACUCUGUGUGUUCUUCAGAAAUAAUCACUUUAGUACCUUUCACAAGCAUAAGGUAAGAGACUCUUGCAGCAAUUCUGGUUGUUGGGUCACAAGGUAAAACCAGAUAGCAAUCAUUGUGACAUUGAUGGCAGAUUAUUGAGGUAAACAGGUUCACAGCAGGCAGGUUUACAAAUUAAAAGAGUAAGUUCAUUACAUGUUAACCCUUGAAAUCCUAGGAGUAACUGGCAUCAAAUUUUUUUCCUCACACUAUCACCCUGGAAUCACACAUAAGGGUCGUGAGAAUAAAGGAAAUGAUAACUAACUAAAGAAGCUCUUGAUUGUCAAACAAAUUCUCCUUGUCAACACCUUAAUAAAUGUAUAGAGAACAGUAUGGAGAAUAUGCAUACUGCUAUUAGGGUGUAAAGGGAUAAGUACAUUCACAAAGAGAAACACAGGCUAGCUUAGAGGUAUUUGAAGUGAAAACUACAAUGCUUUGAAGCAUGACCAGAAGAUGACAGGCAGUGGAACAAAUGCUGGGCUGUUGGAAAGGUUAAUUCUGAAACGCACCUGAAAUUAUUAUUCUGGAAAUGAUGUGACAAGAUACAAUGUGAUAUGAUUCAAUAUAAAUUUAACAUGGAGUUUAUGCUCAGCUUAAUCAGUUAGUUUACAGGUAAUCUGUGGUCCAAGUAUGUACUGAAAUUUGUAAACUAAUAAAAUGUAAAAUAAUUCAAUACCAUUUCCUUUCAAAAUAGCUUCUUGUUGCUAACUAUGUUGUUAUUGUUAUCUCCAGGAUGAGCUCUUCUUACUUGUGACAGAUCAAGGUUUUCUCACUGAAGAUCGUGUUAUCUGGGAAUCAUUGAGAAAUGUUGAGGGUGAUAGUUUCUUUGUGGAUGCUGAAUUUAAAUCUUUUCCAAUGGAACACAGGAGCAUAGCACAACCAGCAGCUUUGCCUCCCACUCAGCAGCUUACACAGGAAGACCAAGAGUAAGGACAUAAGCAAUUUAAGCUCAAUACUUAUUUAAAAAUAACCCUCUGACACCUAAGAGUGACAAGCAUCUAUGUUCUCCUUAAAAUUUGACCACCAACUAAAGACGCCCUGAUUAUUGAACAAAUUCUCUUUGUCAGCACAUUGGGAAGGAAAUGUAAAGAGAACAGUAUGGGGAAUAUGCUUACUGAAGAAGCUCUUCCAUUUUUAAACAAGUUCUCCUUGUCGGCACAUUAGGAAAAAUAUAGAGAACAGUAUGGAGAAUAUGCAUUAUGAUGUUAUGCUUUAAAGGGUUAAUCUAACAUCAGUAGGACUGAGUGGAAUCCAAAGGGACACCUUACAACCAAACAUCAAUAUAAAUAAUCUCCUUACUUUUUCUGCAUACCUUUGUUAAGGUGCUACCCAUGAACAACACUGGUUUGACUGUUUACAGUUGUUUACAUUUGACAAUGUACAGUUUACCAGUAGGCUGGUAAACUGUACAUUUAUGCUUUCUUGGACCACACUCAAGACCAAAGCCACUGUUUUUUACAAGACAAACCUUACACAGGCAAAAUCAUAGUAUUUCACAGUACCUCUCUCUACCAGUGGUUAUGAAUGGGUCCUAAGAACCAUGAGAGGUUACCUGUAAUGGAGCAAAAUUCACUCCAGGAGGACUCCCAAUACACUUCAUGUAGAGGAAUUAAAUAUUCAACCUUUGGCAGUUAGAGGCACUUGAUUUGUAAAACCCUAAUCUUAAACCCUUCAGCUUCCAAGAUCUGAUUCUUAAUUCUCUUUUCUAGCUUCAACCCAUUCCCUUGUACAUUAGUGAAAAGAAUUUGGUGUUGGAUCAAGAUAACAACUUCAACCUGAAAAGUUUUGAGAUUCUCAUUACCUUCUUGCUGGAUAUUGUAUGGAAAUUGUAGUUAGAAGUUACUUGUUAAUCAUUUCUGUUAGUUGAAGGAUUAAACUUGUCUUUAAUUCCAUGUGUUACUGUGCCUUGCAGUUAUUUAGUAGCAUUAAGUCUUCAGGAGGAACAAGAAAAUGCUGCACGAAGGCCUCAGACACAUCCUGAAGGGGUGUCUCCAACUCAAGUGGAUGCCAUGGAUGGGCCUGCUCAUCAAACUACUCAGUCCAAUCAAGAGUGGUCCGAGUAAGUCCUUGAAAUUUUUAAUUUCUUGGAUACUGUAUAUGGUGGUUUUAAUUUUCCCUUGAUCAAAGUAUUUCAAACUAGUUUGAUUUUUCUCUCUCUUUUCUUAGAUUAUGAAUUUGUAGUGAAAACUAGAAAAAAGAAAACAAAGUUCAAACUGGUUUGGAAAUUUAUGACCUGAAAAAAAAAAACCUGAACCACAACAUAUUCACCUACCAUCAAGCCAAAAGUCAACACAAGAUUUUUGCAUUGUGGUUUUCAGUUAAGGGUUGAUUAUAAGUAACAUACAACAAGUAUAUUUGAUGCAAAGUGAAAUAGCAAUCAAAAAUAAAGAUAAGAAUAAAUGUGAGGUUUUCUCUAUUGAAGUUAAUUUUGGUUGUUUUUAUUCUUCACAAGGGUUGAUCCCUAUUAUCAGUAUAUGCUUAUCUCCAUCUGUUCCCUUUACAUUCCCAAAGUACUGACAAGGACUCUAGUCAGCCCUUUUAAUAAAUUACCAAAUGAAUGUUUUUAAAAUAGCAAAAAGCAACUCAACAAAGUUAUCAAUUUCUUAGUCUUCAGCUAGCAAUACAGCUGCAACAAGAAGAGGAACGAAGGCAACAACAGCAGCAGCCGCAAAGAACUCAAACCAGACCACAACCAUCAGGGACAUCUCCUGCAAGAUUGGCUCUUCUUCCACAGCCCCAGCAAAGAAGCAGUAAUGCCACUCAACAGAGGCAGGAGUCCAGUGUAAGGACAUAA